GCCCCCUCCUCCUCCUUCCCGGCGGUUGGUUUCUAGGGACGCGGCGGUUGCUGCUGCUGAGAGGCGGCUCCGGCCCUUCCGGGGAGCAGCGGGUCGGACACGCGGCCGGCUCGUGCCGCUGCGGAGCGGGCCCCGGGCCCCGGGCCGGGAAGUUGGAGCCAAGAACUCCCAUCUUCUUUCUGUCUCUGCAGAAAUGGUUCAGCUCCAUGUGAAGCGUGGUGACGAGAGCCAAUUCCUGCUGGAAACAACUUGCAGCAUCUCCAUGGAAGACUUAAUGCAACAAGUCACCAGGAUCUACAAUAGCAGGCUCAAAGUGCAGCGUAUUUGCUCAGAAAUGGAGGAACUGGCAGAACAUGGUGUCUUCUUGCCUCCUAAUAUGCAAGGACUGACGGAUGAACAGAUUGAAGAUUUGAAAUUAAAGGAUGAAUGGGCAGAUAAAUGUGUACCAAGUGGUGGAAGUGUCUUUAAAAAGGAUGAAAUUGGACGAAGGAAUGGACAUGCUCCAAAUGAAAAAAUGAAAGAAGUUUUAAAAAAGACAGUAGAGGAAGCUAAAGCACAAAUAUCUAAGAAACAAGUUCAAGCUAACAUAUGUGUUAAUAUGGAGAUGGUGAAAGAUGCACUGGACCAGCUCCGAGGAGCUGUAAUGAUUGUUUAUCCAAUGGGAUUGCCUCCACAUGAUCCAAUUAGAAUGGAGUUUGAAGAUAAAGAAGACUUGUUGGGAACUCAUGCUGGACUUGAGGUUAUUGAAGAGUCUGAAGCACAAUUGUGGUGGGCAGCAAAGGAGUUAAAAAGAACAAACAAACUUUCAGAUUUUGUGGGCAAAAAUGAAAAAACUAAAAUCAUUGUCAAGAUACAGAAAAAAGGACAAGGUGCCCCAUCACGUGAACCUGUGAUAAGUAAUGAAGAGCAAAAACAGAUGAUGCUGUAUUAUCACAGGAAGCAGGAGGAACUCAAGAAAUUAGAAGAAAAUGAUGACGACUCCUAUUUAAAUUCAGAAUGGGCAGACAGUCACGCUUUGAAAAGACAGUUUCAUGGUGUAAAAGAUAUUAAGUGGGGACCGAGGUGAAGCUCUCCAAACAGACUUUGCCUCUUUAGAAAUAAAUAAAUAAUUGACCCACCCUUGUUAUGUAUAUGACAAGCACAUUAGUAAACCUCAGUUAGUAUUUCUGACAAAUGUUGUAAUUUCCAGUUUCAUAAUAGAGGUUCAUUUGAAGCUUGAGUUUUGUAAUGAAAACUUCACAUUUCUAUUAACUGUCUAUAGCAGGACUCUUCUGUAGUAUGACUAUGUAGAUUACACAUUGUAAAUUUUCAUAAUUCUAUUUUUACAAAUGUUUAACUGGAAUAAUUAAAUCUUAAAUUAUUUUGCAGACAGCAUUCAUAGCUCAUAAAAAUAAUUAGAUGGUUGUGCUGGUAGCCUUAAAGUUUUCUUCGUCAUUCUGAAAAUCAGUUUUCAUGUAUACCAUCUUGAAUCAAUGCAAAUUCAGUGGUGUUAAUUAUUUGUUUGUAUCUUAACAAGGUUAAUUUUUAGCUAUCAGUUUUUAAAUGAAUGGAUUUUUGUUAGCAGUUAUUUAAACAAAGUAGUUUUGUUUGAACACUGAUAAAAUGAAACUUUUUUGUAUGCUUCAGUUUCACUCCACAUUUUCCUCUUUUUUUCACUGAUACUUAUUUUUCUUUUAAAAUGGCAAGCAAGGAACUGAGCCCAGUUAAUAUUAUCUUGUUUUCAUAUAUCAUCAUUUUCAUGUAUAGACUGAAGGAAAUCCAAUAGUAAAUGGUAAGCCUCACUUUGAAUAGGAUUGAGACAAUGCAAUAGUUGUCUAUGUGAAGGUGAAAUUUUUAAAAUUAUAAGUACUUUUAAGAUUGUAAAAAAAGCUCUGCUUUGGAAAAUGUUACAGUGGUUAUGUCAACAUCACAUUUUCUUUCAAACAGAUACUUUUAAUUUUAACGUUUAUUAUAAAAGUG